CGACCACACAUUAUCUUCGCCCUUCUUCUCAAGUUUCCACACUAUCCACAUACUCUCUCUCUACUGUUGUUAUACACUCCGCGAUCUCCAUGGCCGAUGAUGAGGGUCGCCACCAUUUCCUGCUGGUGGUCUACGGCUUCCAAAGCCACCUCAACCCGGGCCGCGUCCUCGCGCACCGUCUCGCGCGGCUCGGCGCCGAUGGCUCCGUUCUGGCCACGCUCUCCGUGCCGGCUGCCACCUACCGCCGCAUGUUCCCUUCACCGGACGCCGCCGCGACGGCGGAGACCACCACCACCGAUGGCGUCAUCUCGUACGUUCCCUACUCCGACGGUGUCGACGACGGCUCCUGGGGCAAGGACGCCGACGACAGGGCGCUCAGGCGCCGUGCAAGCUCCGAGAGCCUCUCCGCCAUUGUCGCUCGCUUCGCCAACCGCGGGCAGCCGGUGACGUGCAUCAUGUGCACUAUGAUGCUCCUCCCGGUGCUCGACGUUGCACGGGAGCGCAACAUCCCUGUCGCCAUUUGCUGGAUCCAGCCGGCUACUCUUCUCGCUAUCACCUACCACUACUUCCAUGGCUACGACGACCUCAUCGCCUCCCACGCCACCGACCCCGCCUACGAGGUGUGCCUGCCCGGGCUAAGCCGUCCUCUUGAGAUAAGUAACUUCCCAUCCUUUCUGACCGACACGUCAGGCAGCGAGAGCACCAAGGCCUUCAUCGAGGUGUUCCAAGAACUGUUUGAGUACAUGGAUCAAUGGCGGCCUAAGGUGCUUGUGAACACAUUUGGCGAGCUGGAGGCGAACGUGCUUAGGGAGAUGAAGCGGCACUUGGACGUGUUUACCGUUGGUCCCAUGGUUGGGUCCUCGACAGAAGCACGGAUCCAUUUGUUCAAGCACGAUGACGUCGACGAGAAGAGGUACAUGGAGUGGCUUCAAGCUCACCCGGAGAAGUCGGUGGUGUAUGUGUCAUCUGGGAGUGUAACCAAGUACACAAAGCGGCAGAUGGACGAGAUCGUUGGAGGAUUGCGACAAUGUGGGAGGCCAUACUUACUGGUCGUGCGCAAGGAUGAUGAAAGCCACAGCUUGGAGGAUCAUACCCAAGGCCAGGGGAUGGUUGUGGAAUGGUGCAACCAGUUGGAGGUCCUCUCGCACUCGGCGGUAGGGUGCUUCGUCUCGCAUUGUGGGUGGAACUCAACAAUAGAGGCGAUGGCAUCGGGUGUGCCGAUAAUUGGUGUACCAAACAUGUUUGAUCAACCAACAAAUACGUAUUUGGUUGACAAGGAGUGGGAGAUUGGCAUCAAAGGAGAGCGCAACGGUGAUGGUGUGCUAACUGGGACAGAGUUGGCAAGGUGCAUUGAGUUAGUCAUGGGUGAAGGUGCAAAAGCAAAGGCGAUAAGGGAAAGGGCAAAGGCACUGAAAGAGAUGGCGCAAGCAUCAGCAAGUAGAGGCGGGUCUGCUGAGAGGAACCUUCGUGACUUUGUGAAAACAAUCCAAGUUCAUGAUACAUUUUGCAUGACUAGUACCAUGUCAAAAUCAAUAAAGCUAUAGAUAGCAGAAAAUUGGAUCCGGUCCAUUCAUGACAACGACUUAUUUUGGUGUUGUGCAGUCCUAAACCAUAGUGCAUGCAUGGGCCCAUCAAUAUAGUUUCACUGAAGGCUCAACACUGAUGCACAUUAUCUCCGGUGAAAAGUUUCAUUUUAGCUAGAGAGUACACAUAAAACAAAAACAGUUUUAGCUUUACUGGCAAUAUAUAUUUCUUACGCAUAUUUGAAUAAUGCUAGGUAAUUAAAUUUUAUCUCAAACAACUAUUUUGCAUACUAAUUUGUGGCGAAAUAUAUAGUCUUUUGUCUGGGACCCUAAUGUAAAGCAACAUCUACUCUGUUAUGAAAUGGACAGAAAUAUUUUGCAUGCGAAAUAUAUGGUCGUUUGGACGAUAGAUGUGCACGAAAGGUCAUAAUUAAACCUCUUGCCACAUGGAAUUUUGGAUGACUUACUUAACAUCCUAGCGCGUGGCAUUGGUUGUGGCCUUGUGGGUUAGCUGCAGUACACGCUACUUGCUGGCUUAGCUUGCUGCUACCACAGUUUGCCUUUUUUAGAUUAAGUUAUGGCUCCGUCCUUGUCACUUUGAUUACGAUUCUCACUCUUAUUUGACAAAAUAUAUCAUUCAUCAUUAUUGGCCUUCAUUAAUAGCGCAAUUUAAAGGUUGAUCUUGCCAAGCUUGCAGAGGCAGUGGGUCUUGGCGACGCCACUGUGCGCGCCCUGGACAAGGUCGUAAUGCCACAACUCGCCAGCUGGAUUCGGUGCUCGCAGGACCGGAUGCAUGAACUUGAGAUGGCCACUACGCGCACUGCUUUGUUCUCUUUAUUUCGCAGUAGCGUCAUGCCCCCCUGCUCGCUCCUUUGUCUCUGUAGUUCUGUUGUUCUUUCUCGUGUUGUCCUUCCUGGAGCUGGAGCUGUUCUCUUUUGCUUCUUCUUCCUUUUCCUUUUGUGUACUGUAAUCCUCCCCAUGUUAAGUGCUGGUGUACUCUUUAACAUCUAUGAAUUCUGGUAACGUUUCCUUC